AUGCCGGCGCCGCGGGUGCAGGGGCAGGACAGGUCGCGCCCGGCCGCCUCCGAGAAGGGGCCCGGGGAGUGCCCGAGCGCCGCUGGCGACGGCUCCGCGGCCCCGAAGAGCCCGCGGACGGAGGCGCAGCGGCGCGUGGGCGAGGUGCAGAGCCUCACCCGGCGCGCGGACCUGCUGGCGUCCAGGGGCAAGUACGCCGAGGCCCUCCCGCUGGUGGACGAGGCCCUGCGGCUCGAGCCGAGGCGGUCGGACCUGCACCUCGGGCGCGGGCAGUGCCUCUCCCACCUGGGCCAGCUGGGCGAGGCGGUGGCGGCCUUCGACGCGGCGGGGCGGGGCGCGGUUUGUCGCUUUAAACGCCCUGCUGCCCUCGGCGUCCUGGCGCUGCGGCUGGAGCCCCGGAGCGCCCCCGCCACCCGGGCCCGGGCGAGCGCCCUCGUGCGGCAGGAGCGGUGGGCCGACGCCGCGGGCUGCCUGCGCGAGGCUCUCGAGCGCGACGCUUGCAACUCGGAGCUGCGGGUCGAGCUGGCGCGCUGCCUCACCGAGAGUGGUGUGCAGGUCAAGCUAUCUGGUCAGCCAGCGAAGCAGUUCUUCCUGGACGCGCUGCAAGCGUCUGAGUCCUAUCCGCAGGCGUACUUCCAUCUAGGCCUCCCAGCACCGUUUCUGCUUCUCUGCUCUUUUCGCCUAUCCGAUCGCCGCGCCACGAUCUGCUUUACACGAGCUGCGCUGCUAGAGAAGUAA